UAGCACCCGAAGAUAUUUCACUUCUGAAGAGGCCAAGUCUAAAGAUGGCGGCUUUUUUCCGUUCUGCAACUUUCGCCAGGAAAGCCUGGAGUUUGAGCUCUACUUGUGGCCUUCCGUACUCGAAAGUGCUGCUGCGAACGAGCCCUGUUUUUGUGCGUGCUGCCUCUGGUAAGAGCGUGCUUGCCCAGAUCGAAAAGAAACGACAAGAAGCCCAGAUCGGAGGUGGUCAAAAACGCAUAGAUACACAACACAAGAAGGGCAAGUUGACAGCGCGUGAGAGGCUUCACCUCCUUCUAGACCCUGGCUCCUUUGUGGAGUAUGACAAAUAUGUUGAACACAACUGCACAGAGUUCAACAUGCAGAACCAGAAGUUCACUGGGGACAGCGUAGUGACUGGUCAUGGCACAAUCAAUGGAAGAUUGGCAUUCGUCUUUAGCCAGGAUUUCACUGUGUUUGGAGGCAGUUUAUCAAGUGCACAUGCCAGGAAAAUCUGCAAGAUAAUGGACAAGGCGUUGCUGGUGGGUGCUCCUGUCAUUGGGCUGAAUGACUCGGGUGGAGCGCGUAUCCAGGAAGGUGUUGAGUCACUAGCUGGCUAUGCUGAUAUUUUCCAGAGAAAUGUUGAGUCAUCAGGUGUGGUGCCCCAGAUCUCACUUGUCAUGGGUCCUUGUGCCGGUGGCGCUGUGUAUUCUCCCGCCAUCACUGACUUCACCUUCAUGGUCAAGGACACCUCAUAUCUCUUUAUCACUGGGCCAGAUGUUGUCGAGACUGUUACCAAGGAGAAGGUCACUCAAGAUUACUUGGGCGGAGCCAAGACACAUACAACUAUCUCAGGUGUUGCUAGUGGUGCAUUUGAGAAUGAUGUGGAGGCACUGUCCAGCAUUAGAGAGUUCUUCGACUACUUGCCUCUGAGCAACAAGACAGCCUCCCCAAUCAGAGAGAAUGAGGACCCUUGUGACCGAAUCAUUGACAACCUGGAUACGCUUGUCCCAUUUGACUCCACCAAGCCAUAUGACAUCCUGGAUGUAGUUUAUCCGAUACUGGAUGAUGGCGAGUUUUUCGAGCUUCAGCCAGACUAUGCUAAGAAUAUCAUCAUUGGCUUUGGCCGCAUGAAUGGAAGAACUGUUGGGGUGGUUGGAAACCAACCUACUGAAGCAGCAGGUUGCCUGGACAUUAAUGCAUCCGUAAAGGGCGCACGGUUCGUGCGAUUCUGUGAUGCAUUUAACAUUCCCAUCAUCACGUUUGUCGACGUGCCUGGAUUCCUUCCUGGGACUUCUCAAGAGCACGGGGGAAUUAUUCGCCAUGGGGCUAAGCUGCUGUACGCAUAUGCCGAGGCAACUGUCCCCAAAAUCACGGUCAUCACAAGAAAGGCGUAUGGUGGUGCAUAUGACGUCAUGAGCUCCAAGCAUCUCAAGGGGGAUUUCAACUACGCCUGGCCCACCGCUGAGGUCGCCGUCAUGGGAGCGCAGGGAGCUGUGUCUAUCAUCUUCCGUGGAAGGGAUGACAUCAAGAAAUGUGAGAACGAGUAUGUUGAUCGAUUCGCCAACCCUUUCCCGGCCGCCACUAGAGGCUUCGUGGAUGACAUCAUAGAGCCGCGCAUGACACGCCUGCGCAUAUGCGCUGACCUGGAGGUGCUCGAGCACAAGGAUCGCAAGAACCCGUGGAAGAAGCACGGCAACAUUCCGCUGUAGAUUGACAGUUGCCACUCAAACGGUAGAGAUGAGAUAAGGUGAAUGACGUAACCGUCUUGUACUGUAGGUAAAACCUCUGGUAAUGGAUAGGUAAACAACGGUAAACUAUUGUGACUAAAAACUACAUUUAGAAAUCUUUCUCAGUACCUUUCAUUAUUCUUGUUUUCAGGUUUUGUAAGUGCAUUUUUAUUCAGUUUCUGUCAUGACAACAACAAAGCGGCGCGCAAAGCAUGCUAGGAGCGUCGCAUUUCCUUCCCGAGAUGCAACACCUCCCAUCAUACCUUGCGCAUUCUUGGCCAGAGAUGACAAAAAGAUACAUCGCAAAAAAUCCUUAAAAGGCUAAAGUAUAGUUGAUAUCACUUUUAAAAUGUUCUUUUUGGAACAAACUCUUCCAUCUGUAUUUGCUAGGUUCUGUCGUAUGGUUAGUUAACUUGUACCAGGAUAAUAUAUAUUUUCUUAAAUUUAUAAAACGCUUGUAAUUGUUACAAAUAUAGAGUCUAAACUAUAAAUAAAAUUUUCCAGUACGUG